AUGCGUCGUGAGUAUGUUCUAUUUUUGUUGUUCAUCGCCCAACUGCCAUCAGUUCGACCCAUAGACUUGAGAGAACAGCAAAUGAUGGAAGCAACGGCUCUUCUUCGGGGAGGCAGCUCCGUGGGUAUGGCGAAGUUGAUGCCUGUUCCUUCAAACGUUUUGGAGAGCGCGGAGUUCUCCAGUUUGCUUAGUGCAUACGCUGAAGAUAUUGUGUCGGAGAUAGGUAGAAGGGAGUGCCGUUACUGGAUAGACGUUGAAAAGUUCAGAGCAAACCGAGCUACAGCGUGGUCCAGUGGGCCAGUUAUAAAGAACUCAAUGGGAUUCUCCAGACAUCCAACCCCAUUGCCACAGCCCAAGCCGACUCAGUGGACGGGCAAUGGUCGCUGUUCGUCUUUAAAUAAAGAGUUCGGCGUUGCCGUGACGGGAAGCAGCAAGCCAUCAGCAGCCUCGCACUUGACUUAUACUCAAUGCACGGCCGCUCCAUGGUUCUUAGACGUUGAAGUGGCAGGAAUAGAGACUAAGGAAACUGACUCAGGUUCGAAUUAUUUUGUCGUGCAGUUGAAUUACAGCGGUGCUGCCCCCUCCGCCGUUUCCAGGAUGCCGACGGUGAUGCCGCUACGCCUGGAACAGUUGGCUAAUUAUCUACGGGGAGGAUGGAUUCCAAAACGAGGUGACAACGCCACAAUUGUUUGCCUGGGGAAGGGAGAACCGCUGAUUUUUGCCGCACACACUGACGACGAGGAACAGUAUGCCGAGUUUCUGCCUGGUCCUUGGUCUGUCGAAGUGGAUGUGGAAUUCUAUCGCGAUGUUUUGCGGCCCAUGGGUGUUGGUGUUCGUCUGCACCUGAAGGACAACCUUUCCGUCACGCUUCCUCCUCUCCGUGUGUUGCCUUUCAACAGUGGAAAGCUCUCAACUGAGCAGUGGCUGCUGUUGGAGCUGGCAGAGUUGCACACACAGCGACAAUGGCAGAGCAACAGUGAGGACGAAACUGGAAGUACAGAAAAAGAUAAGCCUGGAGAAUGGGCUACAUUCCAGCGUGAUGCAGCUUUUGAGGCAUUAUCUGUUGGACGUUGCCGACUAAAGAGAGGCAGGAGGGCUGAUGAUCCCGUUUUGCUAGACUGUCUUCCAAAUAUAAGUAAUCGAAGUAAACGAGAACUGGCGAUGAAUGGUUUAAACGUCGUCCGUCGCGGGGCUAUCAGCUUGGCACUGGCCGCAAUUCCAGCUAUGAGGAUCAGUGCGGCAUUUCAUUCUCUUAUACAUUCUAGUGACAGCACAGAGGAGAGGGCGGACAGCCUUGUCACGGGACUGUCGCUUUUUAAUAUAAGAAGAAGUUGGGAUUUAACCGUUUCAAGGGAUACUCCAAAGACAGCUGGAUAUUUGAGGAAAGUAUUGCAACUGAGUAAGCAUGCGUGGACGGCGAAACAAGAGGAGCUUUUGGGUGAGUUGUCUUCUGAAUUGCUCCAGAUGUAUGCGCGAGGUGCACAAGGCGUUGCUCAAUACAGUGGGAAAUUAAUAUUUGAAGCAAGUGAUUCCACCCUUGUAGUACGUGUCCCGGUAUCUAGUCUCAGCUUCAGACGGCGCCUUCGCCUCGGCCUUUUGUUUGAAGAUGAUUUGGAGCUGGUGUUUACUUUCACGGACAUGGGCGGGAAGUUUCACCCCUUUCAGAGAGUUCCGUCCUCUGAGGAAGAAAGCGUUAAACAAAGCAGCGUAGAUUCAGGUGGAGCUGGCCAUAACUCAGAGGAUAAAAGUGCGGGCCGAAACGGGGGAAGCAAGGGUGAAGAACCAACGAGGGCCCUCCUUAGCGGCGGGUUACACGAGAAAACAUCGAAGUGCACUGGUGCAAGUUCAGCGUCAGGGGGUGAAGUGAGCAAGGAAGAGAGGGAACCUGAUGUGAGCAUUACGUAUUUACAGCUUCUCUGGCAGAAGGUAGCGGAGCCACACCACCGCGAGCUGCGACAUAUUGCAGUUGGGAAUAUAUUAGCCGAUGUUGGCACAACAGUGGCACUGAUGGUUGCUUCGUUUAUCAUUGCAAAAAUGAUUGGCAAUUUUAAUGGACGAACUGUCGCGGAUAUACUGAGAGAAAGGAGAGCUGCACGCCUUUCUCAUUCCACAAGUAGCGAAAUUGCUAUUUUCUUGCACCCAAGCGAGAAAUCUGAAACUAAGAAUUCUCCCUUUGGUGCUUCUUUCGGCGAAAGGUCCACGGCAAAGACCGAAGAACAUGUAGUAACGAAGGUCGUAUUGCCGGCAACCGUGGGAGCUGACUUGGUUUAA